CUCUCUCUCAGUGCAAAGGGGCCAAAUCUCCUUCGUCUUCUUGUCCCUUCAAGUUUCUGAUUUUCCCUUUCAACAGCUUUAAUCCAAAACCAUCAUGGCUUUCUCCCAAGCCUCUAUCAAAAAGCAGCAAAUGGUUAGCAGUGGUGGUGGAAGAGGGGGUUUUAGCGCAUGUUCACUUGGAGGAAGUGGGGGAGGAUCUCGGGCUGGAGGUGGCUAUGGGUCACGCAGUCUCUAUAACCUUGGAGGAAAAUAUAAAACCUCAAUAAGUGCAGUCAGUACUCGGGCAGGAGGACUUGGUAGUGCUGCUGGUGGAGGAUAUGGUGGUGGCUUUGGAGGUGGACAAGGCGGUGGCUUUGGAGGUGGACAAGGUGGUGGCUUUGGAGGUGGACAAGGUGGUGGAUUUGGUGGCGGGUUUGGUGGCGCAGGGGGCAUGGGUGGGAUGGGAGGGCCAGGAUUUGAUGGAGGGGAUAUGGGAUUCCCAGUUUGCCCACCUGGUGGAAUCCAGCAGGUUACUAUCAAUUCACAACUUCUGCUACCACUUGAUCUGGCUAUAGAUCCAGCAAUCCAGAAAGUAAAAGCAGAGGAAAGAGAACAAAUUAAAACUCUCAACAACAAGUUUGCAACUUUCAUUGACAAGGUCAGAUUUCUGGAACAGCAAAACAAAGUCCUGGAAACCAAAUGGAAACUGUUGCAGCAACAGAGUCCUCAGACCAGCACCAAAAAAACUAACCUAGACCCCCUGUUUGAGAAAUACAUUGCCGACCUGAAGAAAUAUUUAGAUAAUUUAAUAAGUGAAAAGGGCCGUUUGGAGCAAGAACUGAAGAAUCUGCAAGUUCUUGUAGAGGAUUUUAAGAAAAAAUAUGAAGAUGAAAUUAACAAGCGUACGAAAGCAGAAAACGAUUUUGUGCUACUCAAAAAGGAUGUUGAUGCUGCCUACAUGAUCAAAACUGAACUUGAAGCCAAGGUGGAUACACUGACAAGUGAAAUCAACUUCUUAAGAACUCUUUAUUCUAAGGAAUUGACACAGGUACAAGAUCAAGUCACCGACACCUCGGUUGUUCUGACUAUGGAUAACAACCGUGACUUGAAUCUGGAUAGCAUCAUUAAAGAAGUUAGAUGUCAGUAUGAACAAAUUGCACAAAGAAGCAAACUGGAAGCCGAACAACUAUUCGAUAAUAAGUACAAGCAGCUGCAGCAAACAGUUGAAGGACAUGGUGACAGCAUAAAGAAUUCCAAGAGUGAAAUAUCAGAACUGAACCGUAAGAUCCAGAGACUGAAGGCUGAAAUUGAAAAUAUCAAGAAGCAGAUUACAUCUCUGAAUCAAUCCAUUGCUGGGGCUGAGGAACGUGGGAACCUUGCUCUCAAGGACGCAGAAAAGAAACUUAAGGAUCUUGAAGAUGCUGAAAAGAAACUUAAAGAGGACAUGGCUCGUCAGCUUAAGGAAUACCAAGAACUUCUGUCUGCUAAGCUUGCUCUGGACCUUGAAAUUAGCACUUACAGAUACAUGCUGGAAGGAGAAGAGGGCAGGAUGUCUGGAGAGAUCACCAGCAAUGUCAGCAUAUCUGUAAUCAGCGGAGGUUCAAGUGUAUACACUGCUCUUGGCGGUGCAGCCGGUGGUGGCAUGGGAUCUGGCCAUGGUGGAUAUGGUCAUGGAAGUGGCCGUGGAGGUGGCGGCCGUGGAGGUAGCGGCUGUGGAGGUGGCUAUGGAAGUGGCCAUGGAGGUGGAGGAAUGGGAUAUGAAUGUGGCUAUGGAGGUGGAGGAAUGGCAUAUGAAAGUGGCCAUUCUGGCAAAACCUCAGUGGCAGUUGCAUCAACAACAUCCACAAUGAAGAAAACCUAUUGAUUUAGGUUUCCAGCCACACUGUAAAGCCAUAUAUCACUACACCUUUGCCUAACUAAUGGAACCUUGACUAGUAUGUGAUGAUUGUGUCAUCAGUAACUGUUUGAAUUUCCAUCAUAAAUAUCUGAGAAAAUUGGGGUUUGGAACACAGUACUUCUUUAUAACACAGUUAUAUCAUGCCUUUGUAUAUUCUGCCAUAAAUUGCCACUGGAACAAUGAUAGGGAGGCCAUCAAGUUUAGAUAAAAAGAACUAACUUUUUGUGAAAUAGAUGAACAACGCAAGAGCAGCUUAUCACACAGAAAUCUCAGGCAUUGGGGUGGAAGUAACUGUGCAUCUCUAUCCUAGCAACACGUUAAGAAGAUAUUUACUAAUGACAUGGAUCAUUAUAGCUUUUCGUUCUGUAAACUACUGCUUCACUUUUAUCUGAGAGGAGAGGGGAUCUUGGGUGUUUGUACAUAGUUUACUUCCUAAAACAUCGCUGCAUUUUGAUAAACCAUUCUAGAACAUCUUUCCUUUUCUUUGUAUCUGCAAUAAACUGCAUUUGGAUCUCAA